ACCAUGUCUACGAGUUGCUGAACACCAUUGAUGCCAGCCAGUGCUUCUUUGACAUCAACGUCAACUACGACUUCACCAAGAGCUACCUGGACUUGGUUGUCACCUACGUGUCCCUCGUCCUGCUGCUGGCCCGCACCGAGGACCGCAGGCUGCUCAUUGGCAUGUACCACUGCGCCCACGAGAUGAGCCACGGCACCAGUGACCCCAGCUUCGCCCGCCUGGGACAGAUGGUGCUGGAGUACGACCACCCCCUCAAGAAGCUGACCGAGGAAUUUGGGCCGCACACCAAGGCUGUCACCAGUGCCCUCCUGUCCCUCCAUUUCCUCUUUGCCCGGAGGAACCAGGGGGCCGAUCAGUGGCGCAGCGACCAGCUCCUCAGCCUGCUCAGCACCGCCAGCACCAUGCUCAGCCCUGCCAGCUCUGACACCAUGGCCUGUGAGUACCUGCCCCUGGAGGUGAUGGAGCGCUGGAUCCUCAGUGAGUCCUUGUGCUGCCCGCGGGUCCCCAGCCCCAGGCGGGCACAGUGUCCCCAGCCCCAUGGGGGCAGCCUGGCUCCCCAUUUUGGGUUGUCCCCCUGCCCGCUGUGGGGCUGGCAGCGUGGGCAGCCCCUGCCCGCCUGA